CCCGGAAGUAGAUGCGCCUCACGGAAGCCGCCUUUGGCCCUGCGGCAGCUGCCGUCGCCGCCGAGUUGUUGGAGCCGGCAGCGUAGGAAUGACUCGCCUCUCAGCCUCCCCGCCCACCUGCUCUGAAUCCGUGGAUGAGCCUGUGGGACCCUUCCUCCUGGCCCUGUGGUGUGGAACCUGUGGCUUUGGGACUGUGAGACGAUGGACAAAGAUUCUCAGGGGCUUCUAGACUCAUCCCUCAUGGCAUCCGGCGCUGCCAGCCGCUCGGAGGACGAGGAGUCACUGGCAGGGCAGAAGCGGUCCUCCUCACAGGCUCUGGGCACCAUCCCGAAGCGCAGAAGCUCCUCCAGGUUCAUCAAGAGGAAGAAGUUUGAUGAUGAGCUGGUGGAGAGCAGCCUGGCCAAGUCCUCCACGCGGGCCAAGGGGACCGGCGGGGUGGAGCCGGGGCGCUGCUCCGGGAGCGAGCCCUCCUCGAGUGAGAAGAAGAAGGUGUCCAAGACCCCCAGCACGCCCAUACCACCCAGCCCCGCCCCGGCCCCGGGACUCACCAAGCGCGUGAAGAAGAGCAAGCAGCCACUCCAGGUGACCAAAGACCUGGGCCGUUGGAAGCCAGCUGACGACCUCCUGCUCAUCAAUGCUGUGUUGCAGACCAAUGACCUGACGUCUGUCCACUUGGGCGUGAAGUUCAGCUGCCGCUUCACUCUGCGUGAGGUCCAGGAGCGCUGGUACGCCCUGCUCUACGAUCCCGUCAUCUCCAAGCUGGCCUGCCAGGCCAUGAGGCAGCUGCACCCGGAGGCAAUCGCGGCCAUCCAGAGCAAGGCCCUGUUCAGCAAGGCAGAGGAGCAGCUGCUGAGUAAAGUGGGCUCGAGCAGCCAGCCCACCUUGGAGACCUUCCAGGACCUGCUGCACAGACACCCGGACGCCUUCUACCUGACGCGGACGGCCAAGGCCCUGCAGGCACACUGGCAGCUCAUGAAGCAGUACUACCUGCUCGAGGACCAGACAGUGCAGCCACUGCCCAAGGGGGACCAAGUGCUGAACUUCUCUGACGCCGAAGACCUGAUUGACGACAGUAAACUCAAGGACAUGCGCGAUGAGGUCUUGGAACACGAGCUGACGGUGGCUGAUCGGCGCCAGAAGCGAGAGAUCCGGCAGCUGGAGCAGGAGCUGCACAAGUGGCAGGUGCUGGUGGACAGCAUCACAGGCAUGAGCUCUCCGGACUUUGACAACCAGACACUGGCAGUGCUGCGGGGCCGCAUGGUGCGCUACCUGAUGCGUUCUCGAGAGAUUACCCUGGGCCGGGCGACCAAGGAUAACCAGAUCGACGUGGACCUGUCACUUGAGGGUCCCGCCUGGAAGAUCUCACGGAAGCAAGGUGUCAUCAAGCUGAAGAACAACGGUGACUUCUUCAUCGCCAACGAGGGCCGGCGACCCAUCUACAUCGACGGGCGGCCCGUGCUGUGCGGCUCCAAGUGGCGCCUCAGCAACAACUCCGUGGUGGAGAUCGCCAGCCUGCGGUUCGUCUUCCUCAUCAACCAGGAUCUCAUCGCCCUCAUCCGGGCCGAGGCUGCAAAGAUCACACCACAGUGACUGGUGAUAGCGGGGGACCCUCUGCCCCGUGCUGCCCCAGCCCCCCUCGGGACAUGGAGUUUGGGCUUUGGGGAACCUGAGCCUGGGGAGACAGCAGACCAGCUGCCAGCCCGCUGCUCGCAGCCCCGGGGAGCUGGAGGACCUGGCUCCUGGGCUGGAGCCCCCACCGUGCUCUCCCCUCCGCCCCACCGCUUACCAUCCCACUCCAGGUCUCCAGCUGUUAGCUUCAGACUUUGUUGUAUUGUUUUCUCUUUUGUAAAUAAAAAAGCACCAAAUCC